AUGGAUUUUGACAAUUGCAACUAUGUAAUUAACAAUGCAUAAUAAUUGAUAAGAUUAUUACUUGGUUAAGCAAACACUGAUAAUAGUUGUAAUGAAAACGGAUGUAUUGAAUAAAAUGAUUUAUCUUUUUAUACAGUAUAGGCUUUUAAUAAAAAUUAUCCUUCUUAUGACUAGUUAGAUCCUUUUGUUGAAAAUGGAUAAAAAAUAUUAUACUAUUAGGUUUUGCCGAUAAAAAUUAAAUUAUUAGAAGGAAUAGAUAUCAAUGAAACUGUAAAUUAAGAACCAGUUUAAAUAAAAUUAGUCUAAAAAAACAUUCCAAAAUAUUUUUUUGGAGGUAAAGAUAUUCGUUACAAAUUCUAAAAUGAAGUAACUGAUGAUGAUUAUGAUAGAAGUUAAGGAGAAGUAAAUGUACAACCAGUAAUAAAAGAAAAAACAUAUUAGUUUUCAUCUUUAACAUCAACAUUACCAUUUUUCAAAUCAAAAUUUUUCUUAAGUUUUAUUUCAAAUAAUUUUGAUAAUAUUAAAGCAUAAUCAAUAUCAGAUUAUUUUGUGCCUCCAAAAAUAUUAGAUAAUAGUGUUUUUGUUUAUCAUGCUUAAAAACUUGGUAAUACUUAUAGAGUUUUUCGUGGCGCAGAAGGUAUUGUUUUGCCAAUUGUAGCAUUAGGAUUUACGUAUCCAUUAUUUUCAUUAUUUUUUGCUAUACCAACAUAUAUAUUAUGUGCUAAUGCUUUUAUUUAUGAGGCUUCCAGAAGAUUAGUUAUAAGAAUGGACAUAUUACCCCAUUUAGAAAUGGUUAGUAUUUAAAGAGUUGGAUCUUUCGGAAUUUUAUAUAGUAAAUUACACCGAAUUUAAGAUUUGGAAUAUGUUCCUUUUGAAAGUGUAGAAAAAGAAGAAAAUUAUUUAUGGGCUAUUGGUGGACAUGGAGUUGAUAACCAUUUGAUUUUUAGGGAUAAAAUUACAAAUGAAUUUUUAUAUUUUGAUAAAACUGGAGUUUGGGACGCUAAAGGAUUAGAUCAUCCUUUAUUAAAUUGA